UUCCUUGUAGCAGCUGGGUGGAGACUCCCGAGGAGGCUGGUUAAAGUCGUUCUCACUUCCCCGUUGGCACAAUGUGGGAGGCAGCACGCAGCGAGGCAGAACUGGACACUUACUGAACUCUCAUCAGCCUCUCAUUCAAGAGCACGAGGUAAGCAGUGGGAAUGUAGAGGAUCUAUCAAGUUUCUCUGAUAAACUAUUCAGCCUCCGUGAACUGAACUGAGCAGCAGGUGCAAAAUGGGCACUGGAAUGCUUUACACAGAGUUACUGCAGUUGUGGAAUGCAUCCGUCGAGGCUGUGGAUGCCAAGGACUGGCAAGGAGCUCUGGCUAAACUUGAGCAGAUCAGUGAACCCACAUCUCGCACUCUGUUCAACGCUGCCUCGGCUCACCUGGCUCUCGGACAGCUGGACCUGGCCUUGCAGGCUUUAGACCUUGCCAUCGCUAAGGAUGAACGUCUUGCUGUUGGCUUCUUCCAGAGAUCAGCAGUGAUGAUGCAGAUUGACAGGUUGGAAGAGGCUCUGUCAGACUGUAUCUGGGCACAGAAGCACAUGAGAGAAAACACAGUCAUUGACUACACACAGCUGGGACUGCGAUUCAAACUCUACAGUUGGCAGGUGCUAUAUAAUGCAGCAGCUGUGUACUGUCGGAUGGGCCAGUGGGAGAGGGCCAGGGAGAUCCUGAUAUCGGUUUCCCAAGAGAGAGGAGCAGGUCGAAAGGGAAACAUUGAGGUGGCUUUGGACAGCAUUGUGAGGGGGAAGGUCCUGGCUCCUCUCCUGGUGCCUGAAGGUGUGGUGUUUCGUCCCAAAAAACAGGAUGUGGAGCAGCUACCACAAAGAGACUUCCUGGGCAAAGCAAAGGUGAUUUCCUCCAUGUAUCCCAAUGAUGAUUUUGGAGGUUUUGAACCACUCAGGUUGCAGAAACCUGGCUUCUAUGAGCCCAAGGUGGAUGGAGCUCAGGAAUCUCGAUACAUGCGCAUGCGGAUCCCUUACAUGGCUCGGGGCCCAGGAGAGCUGACUGUGCCAGGAGGGGCCAUGGUAUUUUUAUUUGGCGAGGAAGACAGAAAUGGGAUGGCAACUGUCAUAUUUGAUGGACAGAGAGGACUUCUACCAGUGUCGCUGCUUGAACCUGCAGAUGUCAAGACUUCCAAGAGCAAAAGGGAGAAUAGUGUUCCCAGUGGGAUUCCUCUCCCACCGGUACUCAAACCACCCACUCGACCAAAGGCCCGGGUCAGUUUUGGAGCUCCUACUCGGGACACUCCACCUCCGUCCUACAUUGCUGCCACCCACACAUCACUGCCAGCCUCAGAGCCUCCUAAGUACACAGCCAACACAACCAGCGACCAGCAUGCUGGUGGAGCUCAGGGAGCAGAUUCGGGCUCCGUGGUGGUGAAGGUCCACUACACGUACACUGUGGCUCUGUCUGUUCCUCUGGACACACCACAACGUGAACUGAAGGAACAAAUCGCGCAGAAAUUGGGCCAGCCGCCGUCUCAGCUGCGCCUCAGACACAAGCCACACGGCUCCCGCAUGCUGAUACCUCUGUGUGGGGAGAUGGAAGCAGGCCACACGGUACAAGAGGUGGCUGAGGCCGGCAGAGCUACCCUGUGGUGCCAGACUGAAGACCCCCUGGCCAACCGUACCAUCCUGUACCAGAUGGUGGCGCUGUAUGACUACAACGCUCAGGGCCCAGAGGACCUGGAGUUCAGUGAAGGAGACACCAUCGACAUCCUGGGUGAAGUUAAUGAGGAGUGGCUGGAAGGACACUGUGCAGGAAGUAUCGGCAUCUUCCCCAGCUGCUUUGCCUACAGGGAGAACGUCAGCAUCACCCAGAGCUUCGAGCUGUAAAGACAGGCGUUGUCACUGUGCAGUCAUCUCAAAUAAAACUAUUAGUCUGUAAAUGCUUGCCGUUUACAGCCUCAGAACAACCAAACAACGCCCUUAUAAGGGCAUGCAGUACACUCAAUAGUGACUUUAAAGAUAUUUUCUUUCUCAUAUGAUAUCGCUGUAAUGCCGCUGUGGCUUAUGUUUAUGAUACUGAAGAGUAUGUUUAUAUUAAACUGUACCGUACUUUUCCUGUUUUAUCUUUCGGAUGGUUUCACUGUAAUAUUCCUGCUGGAUACUCUAAUAUGCAAAACAGGAUUUAUUCUGGCUUUAACUGAACUAUAUGAUAUUUUUAUGCAAUACGAUCAAUAUUAGGUUCCUGUAUUAUUUCUGCAGGGUUAUAAUGAUGCUGGUCUGGAAGCUCUAAAGUGUGGUGACAUUGCUCUGUACAUUGAGGACUAAUACUGUAUUCUGACACAUUUUCUUAAGGAAUAUACUGAAGCUGUUUUGUUUUCACCUCAUCGUGUUCUUAAUGAUUAAAUAGAAACAUCGUGAAUUUACCAGUGUUGUUAGAAGUGUUAAAUUACUAUAUUAUAGUAUCAAAAAUGUCAUUUAUAUCCACUGGCUAUAAAAAGUGUUUGACAGGAAAAUACACAAAAUGAUUCUCAUAAUGUAGCCAGGUCAUGCAUUCAAAUUUCA